GCAAACCCGAGAUGUUUCUUUUUUUUCCGAUGGCCACUCUCUUGCCAUGAUGCACACCUCCCACUACAGCUGGUAGCUCAGCACCACCAACCAUGGGGGCCAGCCUGAGCCUCGUGCCGGUGCUCGACUACUUCGCCCGCCGCGAGUUCCUCGCCGCCGGCCUGCGCCCGAACGCCGCCACGCUUCCUUACCGGGACGGCGGCGCCGGGGCGACCUGCACUGUCCACUACUGGGUCCCGGAGGGGGAGCCGCGGCUCCCGCCGCUCCUGCUCGUCCACGGAUUCGGGCCCCGGGCCACCUGGCAGUGGCGCUUCCAGGUGGGGCCCCUCUCGCGCCACUUCCACGUCAUCGUCCCCGACCUCCUGGGCUUCGGCGACAGCUCGUACCCCUCUGAGGCGUCGCCGCCGCCGUCGGAGGCCACGCAGGCCGCGGCGCUGGCGGCGCUGCUGGACGUGUUGCCCGGCCUGAAGGGACAGCGCGUGGCCGUGGCCGGGACGAGCUACGGCGGUUUCGUGACGUACUGGCUGGCGCGCGCGGCGGGGGCCGGCAGGGUGGGCCCCGUGGUGAUCGCGAGCUCCGACCUGCUCAAGACGGCGGCGGACGACAGGGGGUUCCUGAAGCGGGCCGGCGAGGGGUGGAGCAGCGUGGACCAGGUGCUCCUGCCCGCCGAGCCCGCUGCGAUGCGGAAGCUGAUUGAGAUGGCCUCCUACCGUCCGCCGCCGGCGGUGAUGAUGCCGGACUUCCUGAUCCGGGACUUCAUCCAGGCCGUUCAGAUAGUAGCAGUUAAUAGUUCCGGUGAGGUAGGGCAGGUUGCUAAAACAGACGAUUUUAUCAUCUGUCAGAAACUUUUCACGGCGAACAGGGAGCGGAUGAUUGAUCUUUUGAAGGGGAUCACAGUCGGCACAGAUAAAUUCCAAGUGACACCAUUAUCCCAGGAGGUGCUAAUUAUCUGGGGAGACCAUGAUCAGCUUUUCCCAGUAGAGAAGGCGUUUGCAGCUCAGAGGUCUUUGAACGGGAAUGCUAGACUGGAGAUCAUAGAGAAGACAGGCCACGCUCCACAGCUUGAUGAUCCAGCUCGGUUCAACAAGGUCAUGCUGGACUUCUUGCUGGCUGCUCACAAGCCUGAUCCUUCGGUUAAUGGCAGCUCGCUAUAAAAUUAAUUGUUAGCCGCUCGAUUGUUUGCAAUAAAGGUGGUUAGCCACUUGAUCCAUUCAUAGUACAGAAUUAUUUCCAGAACAUUGUGCAACAAUUAUAUGUAUAUUUUUUGAUUCGUUAGCCACAUGGACAUGAGCUCUGAAUGUAUAAUUUGAUUAAGCAGAAUUAGACUGAGUGCAGUCAUAUUUAUUAAAAAGAAAAAUAUUUAAUUGGUUA